AAAGCAGAAACGCAAAAUAAACAACCAUCACAACAUUGCACCAGGAAACAAUUGCGGGCAAAAGAAACAGCUCACAACAGAUUUAGUGAAUGUUACCGUUUGUGGCAGAGAACCGAUCAUGUACCACGAAAAGCAGCAUAGAGAAUUGUGCGCCUUGCACGCUCUAAACAACUUGUUCCAAGAUAAAUCUUCCUUCAGCAAAUCCCAGCUGGACCAAAUAUGCCAGAAUCUUUCCCCGAACGAAUAUAUUAAUCCUCACAGAUCGAUACUGGGGCUUGGCAAUUACGAUGUGAAUGUUAUCAUUGCCGCUUUGCACCUGAAAAACUGCGAAGCCGUGUGGUUCGAUAAGCGGAAAGAUCCGUCCUGUAUCGAUACAAGCAAAAUUGUUGGAUUCAUACUGAACGUACCUACAAAUUACAAGGUAGGUUUUGUCAGGCUUCCGAUACAACGCCGCCACUGGAUCGCUGUCCGGCAAAUCAACAAAGAGUACUGGAAUCUGGAUUCGAAGCUCGAUGCACCUCAGUGCCUGGGAGACGAAGCAAAUAUGCUACAGUACCUGCGUGAGCAACUGCAAAGCAAUGAUAAGGAAUUAUUUAUCGUGUGCACAAAAGAGGUGGAGAAAUCGCAACAAUGGUUACUGCCGGAGAACGGUCAGGGAUGAAGGAUAGUUGUAAAAUAAAAUCAACCUGUUAUCAAAAUAUCUUUCAAUCAACAGAUGUUUGUGACAUCCGAACAAAUGCUUAUCUAAAGAUAAUUUUAAAUUAAUUUGUAUUUUUCACGUUUGAAAAUGAUUUCA